AUGUCUGGCCACAACUGUUGCAACAAGCAGAAAGUGAAGAGGGGUUUGUGGUCGCCUGAGGAAGACCAGAAACUCAUCAACCACAUCCAAACUUACGGCCAUGGCUGCUGGAGCACUGUCCCGCGCCUCGCCGGGUUACAGAGAUGUGGAAAGAGCUGCAGACUGAGAUGGAUCAACUACCUGAGGCCUGAUCUGAAAAGAGGGAGUUUUUCUCCACAGGAAGCUGCUCUAAUCAUUGAGCUACACAAACUUUUAGGAAACAGGUGGGCUCAGAUUGCGAAGCAUCUGCCUGGUCGAACUGACAAUGAGAUCAAAAAUUUCUGGAACUCGAGCCUCAAGAAGAGGAUCAUGGCACACCAGCAGAAGCUUCCAGAAGCUUCUGCGUCGUCUUCCCAAUUCAACCUCUCUGAAACUGUGGCUGUGCAGAACCCUAACUGGCAGAUGACGUUGAUGGCAAAUAAUCCCCAAAUUGGACAGCAAACCCUAAAUCCCCAAAUCUGGAACCCUAAUUUGGCGGUUGUGCCUGCGCAGGGAAUUGAACCUGUCAAUCCUCAUAAUCAUCAUCUUCAGCAGCUGAAUCAGCAGAGCAGGGUCGAUCAGAUGACUGUGGUUUCUUCCCCGCUGGACUCCGCCAACACUAACCUCCAUGGAUGGACCUUCAAACAGGACGACAGCUUGAUGAUUCCUACCCCAAAAAUCAACUCUGCAGGGUUUGGAAAUGGGUUUCAGAACCACCCGAAUCACAUCAACAACAUUGCUGCUCUGAUGGCUGCCUUUGCAGCGGCGGGGCCGUCUUCUUCCUCCGGCAUUCCCCCAGCCGGCGUCUGGAAACCCUAA